UUGUGGCGCUCUGUGUUCAGGCAAACACGGAAGCGUUGGGAGCAGUUCAUCCAAUCAGAGAACCAGCACCUGGUGAGUCCAGAGGCUCUGGACCUGCUGGACAAGCUGCUGCGCUACGACCACCAGCAGAGGCUGACGGCGGCCGAGGCCAUGCAGCACCCGUACUUCUAUCCUGUGGUGAAGGAACACGCUAACGCCAACACCGACGGCACAAAGGCAAUAAGCAGCUCCAAUGCAACAUGAUGAGCAGAGAGCAGG